CAAGAAAACCAAUCUGAUAUAUCACAGGCUCUAAAUCAACAAUCAGAUCUUAUAGAAGGUAUUUAUGAAGGUGGGUUGACAAUAUGGGAAUGUGGUAUAGAUUUAGUCAACUAUUUAAUAUCCCAACAAGGAGAUUUCAAUGGUAAAAAUGUUCUGGAGCUAGGAUGUGGUGGUGGAUUACCAGGAAUAUAUUCUGUAGUCAAUGGAGCCAAGUCUGUUCACUUUCAGGACUAUAAUAGUGAAGUUAUAAAAGAAUUUACUAUACCUAAUGUACAGUUAAAUAUUGAAGAAAGAAAGUGUGAAUGUCGUUAUAUAGCUGGUGAUUGGAAUACCUUACCAACAGUUUUAAUUCAAACUAAAUAUGAUUAUAUAUUAUCAGCUGAAACUAUUUAUAAUCCCAAUCAUUAUACACAACUUGUUUCAGCUUUAAAUUCUCUUCUACAUCCACAGGGUCAAAUAUUAAUUUCAGCUAAAUCAUAUUAUUUUGGUGUUGGUGGAGGAACUAGGUUAUUUGAGUCUUUUCUACAAGAAAAUGGUGUAUUUUCGAGUGAAGUUGUACAUGUCAUAGAAGCUGGUAUAAUAUUUACAUAG